GGCACCUGCCCAGAGCAUGCAGCCAGGUCCAAGGCAGUUCCCAAUGACCACAAUGGUGGAACACACUUUCUUGGAAUAAAUAGCACCUGGGAAUUCCCUGUGUUCCCUAACAAAGAGAUGAAGAGCAAAGUGAGUUUCAAUGGCCCAAUAGGAUCUGCGUUCACAAAAGUCCUUGACAGCUCAGAGCCAUAACUAGUCCAGGCUGGUUCCCACAUCUUUGAUGGAGGCUCAGGUCACUGGAUGAGGAAUGAACUACACGAAGUCCUAUAUGGGUAUUGUCUUCAUCAAUGUGAUUUUUCAAUGUUUGUAUUUUUUAGCCCAGUGAGGUGACUCACACAUGUAAGCAUAGCACUUGGGAGGUGGGGCCAGAAGAUUCAGUUCAAGGUUACAAGUUCUGGACCCCAACCUAGGAGAUUGUGAUGCCUGCAUGCAGGGUUGCUCCAUUGCUCACCAACAUGGAAGAGGCAGUUGGGUCCCCCAAGGAUAAGCAACCUACAUGCUUUUCUGAUUUUGUAUUCAUUGGCAAAGACAGCAAUAUUUUAACUGUAGAAGUUAUCAAUAAGAUUGAGAAGGCUGUGAAAGGAAAAGAUUGGGUAGAAUUGGUCUCUAUAGUCAAGGAUAUCAAAAAGAAAAUAUCAAUAACCACAGUGAAAAUUGCUGUGACUGGAGACUCCGGCAAUGGCCUGUCAUCCUUCAUCAAUACUCUUAGGCUUAUUGGACAUGAGGAGGAGGAUUCAGCUCCCAUUGGGGUGGUGAGGACCACCCAGGAACCAGCCCCUUACUUCUCUUCUGAGUUUCCCAAUGUGGAGUUGUGGGAUCUGCCUGGCACAGGGGUCACAUCCCAGAGCAUGGAGAACUACCUGCAUGAGAUGGGGUUCGACAAUUACGACCUUAUCAUCAUCAUCGCUUCUGAGCAGUUCAGUUCGAAUCAUGUGAAGCUGGCCAAAGCCAUGCAGAGGAUGAGAAGGAGGUUCUAUGUCGUCUGGACAAAGCUGGACAGGGACCUCAGCUCAAGUCCCCUCUCAGAACCCCAGCUACUGCAGAGCAUCCAAAAGAAUAUCUGGGAGAGCCUCCAGAAGGAGGGGGUGAAGGAACCCCCCAUAUUCCUGGUAUCCAGCAUGGAGCCUUUAGCAUAUGGCUUCCCGGAGCUUAGGAAGAUGCUGCAAGACGACAUCUCCAACAGCAGGAAUGAUAGCCUCUUAGAAACCUUUUUCCUUAUAUGUGAGAAGACUAUUAAUGACAAAGUAGAAUCCAUUAAGAUGUGCAUAGAGGCAGAUAAUCUACGAAAUGAUUUUGAAAUCUCGGAUCCAGAUAAUCUGGGAGAGUGUCAGAAAGUCUUCCAAGAAAAGUUUGGUGUGGAUGACAAAUCCCUCCACCAGUUGGCUCUGAUUAUGGGACAGCCAUAAGCUUAUUACAUAGAUGCCAAGCAGUCCCAGGUUAUACGGAUGUAUCCACAUGGUGACUCGACACUGUCUUGGCUGUAUCAUUCUGGAGCCCAAGUUUUCUUUAAAAACUUUGACUCUGUCUAUUGCUGUUUUAACCAUAAUCAUCAUAGACACAAGCAACAGAAAUGUGUACUUGAGGACGUUGCUGAGGAAACCAAGAAAAUUCUUAGGAAAAUUGUGAAAGAUACUAUUAUUCUUCCUUAGGAAGGCUAGACAACUGAGUUCCUCUCCCCAGCUCUAUACUCUACAUCUAUCCCAAGUUGAGCUUACCUGUCCUAUGGGUUCCAAGUUCCAUGAGGUCAAUAGGUCUUCUUUCUUGAUGGGUGUUCCCCUCAGGAAACACCAUAAUGGAUUUUGCUUUAUACCAUUUGUUUGACUUUAUUAGUUGAACUAUUUGGGAUUCCAAUAGAGGAAACAUUUCCUUUUUCUAAUUGCACAGAAUUUCACGUUUGCCACAUAGUCACCUUAGCACCUAUGAUUGAUAUUGUUUUUCUUAGAGGGCUCUUGGUUUUCCUUUAUCUCUUUCCCCUCUCUUCUUCCUUUUCUUGGGAGAUAGAGCAUCCCUUCUGGAAUGAGGAAGAGCUUGUUUUUGCCCAUAGGCUGAAGCAUGGCUAGUAGAAUCCUGUUCUCUGACCUCUCCUCCAUGUGUAAAGAGAGGGGGAUUAGUCCCACUGGUAAUGGGAUUCACAAAGUGCUGCAUGAAAGAAUUUUAAGUCCCUGGCACUACCCCCAAUGGCAUCAUGUCUAGUCAUGGCCCCUCACACUCUGUGUACCCACAGUUUCUCAUAUUGGAUCUGAACUUCUUCAGCCACCCCUAACUCUACAGGCCAAACCCCUGUCCAGACACACGGGCCCUUCUCCCUCCCACAGGGAGCUUUCCAUUUCACUCAGUUUGUGUGUUUUUGUGUUUACCUAGGACAGACGCUGCUCCAUGUUCUGCCACAUCCCUUUCUCUCAGUCCCACUCUCAAUAGAUGUCAGAGUGUUGUCACCCCAAUCUUGUAACUGUCU